CCCGAUAGCGAUUUCUCAGUGUGACAGCACCCGUGGUGCAAGGAGACGUCGAGUGUUUACCCCAGUGAGUCUGGUCAAAUCACGCAGCAAGGAUGCCCGAUAGACAGCAGAGAACAGCAUCUCGAAGACACAUUGCGCGCACACUCCCCUAUCGCAACCAUUCACCGUCCUUGGCGGUCGUUAUACCAAAAGCCAAGCGGAACACUCCAGGAUCACACAUAACCAGCCAUGUUGGCAACAGUCCAGACAAUCCAAUUGUGAUACCGGACGACUCGGUUUCAAAACGCGCAACGAUAGCAUCACCCCACUCGACUCUUCUGCGCGUCAAAGAUAUCCCGCACGAAAGCAGUGGACUUACCUGCCCCAUUUGCUGGGAGAACACUGUUGAUGGCCUUGUUGCAGUUGGAUGUGGCCAUGUGUGUCAUCAACAGUGCUUCAGUCAAUAUAUCCGUCAGUAUUUCGAGUCGCGCCUGUUGGCUUCGGGAAAGAUACAGAUCCCGUGUCCAUUGUGCCGAGCCGAUUGUAUUGGGCGGCUGGAGCGAUGUCAAUUCCACCAACCGUUGCAUUUUGUCGUAGUAGCUUAUAGCGUAGCUGUGGGCCGAGCAAAGUACCGUCUUCCGUCUUCCGUCUCUUCCACAGCAGUCCUGGCUCUUCCUGAAGCAAAUCUAAGCAUGAUGACCUUGGCGGCAGUUGUCCUCCUGCUGUGUUCAUCCCGAUCCAUUACUUAAAUCAUUUCACUAAUCCUUUUGUUGAUCAGUCCAUUACCCCGUAAAAGCCAUAUCGGUUUCUUGACGACUCGACUACCUCGUCAAUAUGGGCUUGGAAAGGGACCUUUAAUGUAUCAGCGCUGAUAGCGGCAAACACAGCGCGUUACUGCCUAGAGGGGUGCCAUUUGAGAGUAAGGAUAAUUUUGGUGUGUGCGCGCCUAAAGUUGCUUCCCAAUCAAUGAAGUCCCGAAAC